CAACCAGCAUACAAUAGAUUUCUAAUCUGACGUUUCUGUUUCCGCAAUAGCUGCGCAUGCGCACAGCAGACCCGGAAGUGUACGCCAAGCGUAAACAAAGCUGUGCAGGUAGUUUCGAAAAGAUGGUGUACGUGUCCAACGGUCAGGUCCUGGACAACAGGAUGCAGUCUCCAUGGAGACUUUCCUUACUGGUUGAUCUCUUCUGGGAAGCAGUGGAGUUUAUUAGCCUCUUUUUUAGGACAAUGAUUCACUCCGACAUGACGAAGGACAGAAACGGCAUUUCAUCACGCUACAGUGACGGCAGAGGUCCUCCGGGUCCUCCGGGUGGCAGAAGGCGGAUGGGAAGAGUAACGCAUGGCGCGGGACCUGGUGCUCCACCCAUGGGCGGAGGAUGAGGAAGGUAAACGCCUACACGUGCACGUGUAGGCACGGGGCUUCGCACAGUGUCCGUUAAGUGACGUCACCGCGCUGAAGCCCCCUCCUCAUCAGCUGCUACCGCCACGAGCGGUUUCUUGAUGCCUUUCUGGGAAUUCCUACAAGUAGGGGCCAGAAGGGCUGAUACAGCAGCUACCUGCGUCUCCUCCUCCUUUCUCCCCGCAUGAAAUACAUGGUCUCGUCUAUCUCUUAGAUAUGCGUGACACUGGAAUUUCAGUUAUAGUUAUCAUAGUUGUCCCUCCUGGAAAUCAUCUAGUUUGUCUUUGUUUUAUAUUCUUUUGUGUGAAUAAAAAUUUAUUACA